CUAAAAUAGACGCCGGCAAAUCUAUCCGCUCCGACUUCAUUUCCACAUAUUUAGUCUCUUCGGCGUAACAUCCGAUUGCGGUUUUUUCUCACUUGCUUCUCUACAACACUAUACCAUUUCCACAGUUCGGUUAGGUUGGUUAUUUUUCUGAGCAAAUAAAAAAAUAAUGGCUUACAGUUGGGACAACAGGGUCAGUUUUGUGGUCAAGUAUCUAUACGAUGUGGACAAUAAUGGUUAUUUGGACGAAAGGGAUUUCGCUUGUUUGGCACUCAGGGCCGCGAUUAUCGAAGGAAAGGGGGAGUUCAGUUACAACAGGUUGCAAGAACACCAGCACAUCAUGCUAAGUCUUUGGGAGGAAAUUGCGGAGCUUGCGGAUUUCGAUAAGGACCUGUUGCAGGAUGGCAAAAUAACUGUCGAUGAAUUUAAAAUCGCCGUUCAGCAAUGCUGUUUCGGCAGAAGAUACGAGGAUUUUCCGCAGGCGAUGAAGAUGUUCAUCGAUUCAAAUUUCAAGAUGUUGGAUCUAAACGACGAUGGAGUCGUGGACGCUGAUGAGUACAGGUUCAACUGCAUCACCAAGUUUGCCAUAGACGACGUUGAUAUUGUCGACGAAGCUUUCAACAACAUGUUGAAUGAUGAUGACAGAAGAAGAGGUGGAAUCACUUUAUCCCGAUAUCAAGAACUAUACGCAGAAUUCCUUGGUAAUCCUGAAGAAACUUCUGCAGUGUACCUCUUCGGUCCCUUAUCCGAAUUCUUUUACAGCGAUGAAGUUUAGCGACUUGUUGCUACAAAUCGACUGAUUAUUCUAUAAAGACAAUUCAUUUAUAAUUUAGUUUACGUAGAUGAACUUCCUGGUUACGUUGUUCAUUCGAUUUCGCUUGGAUAUUUCUAAAAUUAAGCUAAAUCACAUUUAUUUUGCUCUCUAUAGGAAAACUGCACGAAAGCAGUGUGUUUAUUGUUCUAAUAUCUUGUUACAUUUUAUAAUUUUUUAAAAAUAUAUGGGUAUUUAUUAAAUAAUUUAAUUAUA